CUCAGUUCAUCCAUGUCCUUUCAACCGAAAACUGAAUCAAAUUCAGAGAUGGAAACGAACACAGAAGAUGAGAAGAAGGCAGACUCUGAUGAAGCAAAGCUUUCUCAACUCGGCUACAAGCAAGAACUCAAGCGCCAUCUCACGAUGUUGGAGAACUUCGCUUUCUCCUUCUCCAUCAUAUCAGUCCUGACUGGGAUCACCACAACGUACAAUACAGGCCUUCGGUAUGGUGGACCGGUUUCAGUCACGUUGGGAUGGCUGCUGGUUUCAUUUUUCAACGGCUGUGUGGCUCUAUCCAUGGCGGAGAUCUGCUCCGCCUACCCCACCGCCGGCGGCCUCUAUUACUGGAGCGCUAAGCUCUCCGGACGCCGCUGGGCUCCUCUUGCUUCCUGGAUCACUGGAUGGUUCAACAUAGUUGGGCAGUGGGCAGGAAUUACCAGCAUAGAUUUCUCAUUAGCACAGAUGCUGCAAGUGAUCAUUCUGCUGAGCACUGGAGGAGCAAAUGGGGGCGGAUAUUUGGCCUCUAAAUAUGCUGUUUUGGGCUGUUAUGCUGCUAUCUUAAUCAUCCAUGGCGCCAUAAACAGCAUCUCAGUCAAGUGGGUCUCCUUCUUAUGCCAGUUGGGUGCUGUAUGGAACGUUAUAGGUGUUUUCCUGCUCACAAUCCUCAUCCCUUCUGUGGCCACCGAGAAAGCAAGCCCCAAGUUUGUGUUUGCUCACUUCAACCCUGAAAAUGACGCAGGAAUUCAUAACAAGUUCUAUAUAUUUGUUCUCGGCCUUCUUACGAGCCAAUAUACCAUGGGAGGAUAUGAUGCUUCUGUUCAUAUGACCGAGGAGACGAAGAAUGCUGAUAUAAAUGGGCCGAAGGGAAUAAUCAACUCGGUGGCCAUAUCAACUGUUGCUGGCUAUAUGUAUUUGAUCAGCAUCACAUUUACAGUGAGAAACAUUCCAUAUCUCCUAAGAAGUGAUAAUGAUGCUGGCGGCUACGCCAUUGCAGAGGUUUUUUACCUUGUCUUUAAGAACAGAUAUGGAAGUGGAGUUGGAGGAAUAAUUUGUUUGGGAUUUAUUGCUGUUGCAGUCUUCUUCUGCGGCAUUGGUGCAGUCGCUAGCAAUUCCAGAAUGACUUAUGCGUUUUCAAGGGAUGGAGCAAUGCCUUUUUCAUCACUGUGGUGCAAAGUGAAUAAGGAGGAAGUUCCAGCAAACGCAGUUUGGCUUGCUUUGGCCAUCUCUUUCUGCAUGGCCACUACGUCUCUGGGAAGCCUGGUUGCAUUUCAAGCCAUGGUUUCAAUAGCAACAAUUGGGCUCUACAUUGCAUAUGCAUUGCCCAUCUUGUGCAGACUGGUAUUGGGUAGACAGUCGUUUGUUUCUGGUCCUUUCUCUCUCGGCCAUUGGAGUGUAUUAUGCGGCUGGGUUGCGGUGAUUUGGGUGGCGGUGAUAACUGUCCUCUUCUCCCUCCCGGUGGCUUAUCCGAUUGAGAAGAACACUCUGAACUACACUCCCAUUGCUGUUGGUGGAGUGUUCUUCUUUGUUUUUGCCUCUUGGGUCCUAAGUGCAAGGCAUUGGUUCAAAGGACCCAUAAGCAACAUACAGGAAUGAAAAUUGAGGGAAUUUUCUCAUCAAAUUUAGAAGUUUGUAUGAUGCUGCAUGGGAUCAUAUUACUUUUGGUUCAUGGAUAAUGGCAUGUUACACAUUGAUUCAAAGGAAUAAAUUUAAUAAAUUUCUUGUUG